AUGGACGACAAUAUUGAUAAUAGUAAUUUACCGAGGGGUUUUUUUCAAGUAAUGAGAAUUGCACAUGGAGAUGAAGUAGUAAGAUCAGUAAAGGAAUGGUCGAAUAGCAUAAUUAAAUUGGCAUCAUUACAUAACAGAAAAAUUUUCUUACUAAAAUGCCGUACAAAUAAUAUUAUUCCUAAACAUAUCAGUAAUAAUAUGAAAUGUAUUUUAUCAUUAAAUAUUGAGGAUCAUCCUUUUAAGAAGAUGUCGGAUAGAUUGAUUACGGGUUUUCAAGGUUCGAUAUUGAGUCUGGAGAUAAAGGUGACACUAUGGAAAUUAGAGCAACAAAAUAAACGGAUAGUAGACAUGGAGGAUAAAGUUAAAGGUUUGGUCUCAGAACAGUUAUUUAGAAGAUGUGUGGUAAUGAUCAACAAAAGAUAUGAAUAUAAUUUUAAUAAGAUAAAAAAUACCAACAUUAAAAAAUUUGAUAUAUUAAUUAAACAAAAAAUAAACCGUCAUACAUUAUCAAGCAAGAGUAAACAUAUUUACAAUUAUACAGAUGUACAGCUACCAACUGAAGUAGAAAUGAUAUUGAACUUAGAACCUAAGUUUGGUAUAGAAAUAAAAGAAAAGUGGAAGGUGAUACCAACUGUGAUUAAGGAUUUAGAAUUUGGAAUUGAAGCUGUACAGUUGGAUGAUUGUAACGAUGAAGGAAAAGAUAUUGUUAAGAAUAAUUUGAGAUCUAAAGCGAUUAAUGUAAUUUCUAACUAUUACAAAAAAACAAAAACAAAAAAAAAAAAUGAUAGACUAAAUCAUACAGUAUUAAUAAAAAAUUUAUAUAUUACUCGAAAAUUUCUAAAAGAGAGACCGGACUUAAUAGUUGCAAGAGCGGAUAAAGGGAACACAACAGUGAUAAUGUUAAAAACUGAGUAUGACACUGAAAUGAGAAAGAUGUUGAAUGACAAGGUGACAUAUAAAUUACUGAAAAAGGAUCCUACAAAUAAAUGGCAAAAAGUUGCAAACAGUUUAGUGAACAAGUUAGUAGUAGCAAAAAUUGUUGAGGAACAACAAGGUAAACAUCUGAAAGCAAAGUAUACUGUUGCACCCAGGAUUUAUGGUUUGAGGAAAACACAUAAGGAGACUUGUUGUUUGCGUCCAGUGGUCAGUUGUGUUAAUUCCCCGAGUUACAGCCUGGCACGGUUCCUACAUGAAAUACUGACUCCAGUGAUUGAGAAGUUUCAAUAUAAUGUAAAAAAUUCAUUUGACUUCGUGACAUUUAGUAGAAAGGUUAGCUUACCGAAGAAUUAUGUACUGAUUUCAUUGGAUGUAGUGUCAUUGUUCACGAAUGUACGUCGUGACUUGAUUCUUAAAGUAAUUGAGGAAACUUGGGAUAACAUGAAGCAUUUAGUAAAAAUUCCUAAGAGUGUGUUAGUUGACCUCAUUACGUUUUGUUAUGAUUCAAGUUACUUUGUAUAUCAAGGAGAGUUCUAUGCACAAACGGAAGGCAGCAGUAUGGGAAACCCUGCAAGUCCAGUCAUAGCUAACAUCGUUAUGAACUAUGUCAUCGAUCAGAUAUUGAAGAUUCUACCGUUUGAAAUUCACUUCUUAAAGUUAUACGUGGAUGAUACUAUCGCAGCCAUACCGGAGUCGGAAAUGUGUUAGUCAAAAGAUCAAAUGAUAAAUUGAUAACUGAUUGGUUUGUCAAACCCAUUAGUUCAGGUCGGCUAUUAAAUUGGAAUUCAAAUCAUCCUCGGUCUCAGAAGAUAGGUAUGAUAAAAGGUUUACUUGAUAGAAUGACAAAGUUAAGUAGUAGUGAUUUUUAUGAAAUUAAUUUUAGUAAGAUUCGUAACAUAUUGUUGAAUAAUAAUUAUGAAAUACCAUUAGUAGACAGUGUUAUAAAUAAAUUUAAAGAGAACUUAAAUAAUAAACCAAGGAGUUUGGUCAACUCAAAUAAUAAUAACAUUAGAUAUUGUCGGUUUCCUUAUAUAGCAGAAUUAUCACAUAAAUUAAACAGAGUUUUUAUAGGAACUCAUGUAAGAUUAGCAUUUUAUAACAUCUUAAGAGUUAAUUCAAUCUAUUCUAAGUUAAAAGAUCCAGUAAAUAAACAACAACAAACUGGAAUAGUGUAUAAAAUACCUUGUUCGUGUGACUUAUGCUGUGUUGGACAAACUAGGCAGUAUUUGAGUAAUAGAGUAAAACAACACAUUUAUGAUUGUAAAAAUAUUAAUAUAUUAAAAGAGAAUAAAACAGCAUUAGCAACCCACCACUUUGACCAACAUCAUAAUUUUAAGUUUGAUAAGAUAGAAAUCUUGGAUAAAGAAAUGAAUUGGUGGAAACGUAAUGUUAGUGAAAUGAUCUUUAUAAAAACUAAUGAUACUGUGAACAAACGAACAGACACUAACAAUUUAAGUAUUUUAUAUAAUGAUAUAUUAAAAGAGUAUAAAUCUAAUAGAAAAAAAUAACCUUCAUUUCAGAUAUAUUUGAAUUUGAUACUUAGCGAGGUUUGCGCUAGUAUAAAAUAUUGUAAAGUAUAGUCUAUGUACUGAAGUUUCAAUAGUGGGCUAACCUUUGUCACGCAAUUAGCAAUUUUAUGUGUCGUGUUGGCUUUGUUUCCGGAAUCAAAAAAUAGUAAUUAAAUAAUUUAGUGGCUUUGUAGAUUUGUAUUAGUCUCUGAUGUCUGAGACAAUUGUGCAGUGUAUGAUAGAGAUUAUUUAAAUUCAUAUUAUGGUAAAUAUGGUAGUUUGGACAAUUGUUGUUUUUGUAUUGUAGGUUAUCAAUUAUGUGUAAUUUUCAGAUGCCUGAUGAAGGUCUAAUAAAAGACCGAAACGUUGCUAAAAUAAUAAUGUAAUUUGUUAUAAUAGUCCUAUCUUGUCCACAUUCCUGAGAUACACGAAAAAUAUUUUAUAAUAAUUAUGGACGACAAUAUUGAUAAUAAUACUAUCUAACAGCUGAAUGGCAAAGCCCAGUUGUAACUCAAAUCCCAUGAGAGAGAGAGAGUAUGCUUUAUUGUACACCAAAAAACAAAUAAACAGUGCGAUACAUUAGUUACAAAAAAGUACAAUUGGCGGUCUUAUCGCUAAGAGCGAUCUCUUCCGGACAACCAUCAGGUGGACAAGAAUCAUUUGGAAACGAUUUACGCGCCGUGUACCAAUCCAGUGAAAUAUAUAUAUAUGUACACAUACAUAUACACACAUACACACACACAAACAUAGGUACAGUCAUAUUCGUAAAUAUACAUAAAAUUAAUACACAAUGUAAUGUAAUAAAAUAAUAAUUAUUAAAAAUUCAAACUUAAAAAUUAUGCUUCUUUACACAUAAAUAAGAAUAAGUAAUUUACAUAUAAAAGAUACUUAAAAUAACUUUGAAUGUGCGCGAACGUGGCCGCAUUUCAACUGAUUCAGAGCUUGUCCAUGACUUAUGCUCGGCGAGUAUGUACGAUCGUCAUUAUAUUAUAGCUACCCAUCAAGUUUCAAGAUCGACAGUAUUUGGAUGGACCACUUUGCCAAUUUCAGCCGUGAAGCAGUAAUGCGUUUCGGUUUGAAGGGUGAGGCAGCCGUUGUAGCUAUACUUGAGACCUUAAAACUUGUAUCUCAAGGUGGGUGGCGCAUUUGCGUUGUAGAUGUCUAUGGGCUCCAGUAACAACUUAACACCAGGUGGGCUGUGAGAGCGUCCAACCAUCUAAGCAAAAAAAAAAAUUUGUUGUACUCAAUAUUUCUCUUAGCUCAAUCACCCACCCUAUUCGCCCCUACAAUGUCUGACGAUGGUUUUAAUAAUUAUGGCUUCUCCAACAAAUAUAAUAAUAUAUGCAUGCUUUCAGUAUUAUUACAGAUGCCUUUAUUCACCGCCAUUACAGAUUGUAUAUUCGAUGAUAAUACACUUAUAGAUUUAAUCUAAGUAAUACAAUUUUUAUACGCGCGUCUUUAAAUAAGUAAAAUGGACACUGAGAAAUUUAAUUUGAAUCUCAACUAAAUCCGAAAUGAAUUGGAUUCUUUUAGUAAAUGAAUAAAAUUAAUUUGGUAAAUUAUCAACAACAAAAAAAAAACGCCAAAGCUAAGUUCUAAGUAAUUUAGAACUUAGCUUUGUAGAAAAGCUUUUUUUUUUAUCUUAACAAAUGUACGUAAUUUUUCAAAUUAUACUCCCGAAGUCUUCGUAAAAACGGACUAGUUCGUUAGCUGGAAAUCUACGGGUCCCUGAAACAGGGCACGAUAAAUUGCGCGUUCAAAAACCUGAAGGCUUCUAUCGUAACAAUUGCCCUUAAGGGUGAAAGGAAGUCGGAUCGAAGAGAACGCGAUAACCAUGAUGAAUGUUCAUUUGGCAAAUAAUCGCUCGAUUUAUGUCGUACAAAUUUUAUUUGUCAUUGACGAAUUUAAAAAUACUAGAGGUCCCGCAGCAGUCGAAAUUCGACUAUAAUUAAUUGGAAUUGUAAGUUUGUACACUAUUAUGAUUGUAUUUUAUACUUCUAUAAUCACAAAUUUGGCCAAAACUACACUAUAAAAAAUAUUAACAAAGACAAACAAUAUAUAAUCUAGUUACGUCGGGCACCUCUGCUGACGCAUGUCUGCAAAGGCAGAUCUUCGGCGAACUCAACUGCUGAAUUGUGGAAUUCGCAGACGACGGCAUCCGCUGGACCGGUGGUCCGAUGCCCUUCCCGUUAGAUUAAGAUUAGUAAUAAGUUAGUCUUAAGUCAGAUUUGGUACGGAAUAAACGUUCAUAAAAUAUAA